CAGCUACUUUACAAAUUCAUACCCCUCCUCCCUCCAUUCCAUCCCUUAAUCCCAUUGAAAUUGUUGAAUCGUGGCGACUGCAGCUAAUCAAAUGGACCGGAAGAAGAAAAUAGAGAAAUUCCAAACGGUGCUGGACGAUCUGGUGAACGUGAACUCCCUCUUCACCUUCGCGAUGUUCAUCGGGAUAUCCUUCGUGAGUGCCAACCCCCACAGCCUCGUGUCUCAGAAAGAGUGCCAAACUAGCCAGGCAACGAGAAUGUUGCUUAUGCUCGACGAGGUGGUUUCCUUCGUGUGCUUCCUGCUCUCGAGCAUCGUCGCCACGGCCCUCAAGAUGCACCUCUCCACGCAGCUCUCCGAGAUCGACGACCACCACGAACCCAAACCGGGGGGGCUGCCGAUGAAAGGAUUGAGGAGCUUCAUGAUCACGGUGUCGGUGGCCAGUUCGGUCCUCGGCUGCGUCUACCUGACUCUGUCGAUGUUCAACGUGAUCCGCGUGCUCCUCGGGAAUAUCACUUGCGGAGACAGCGACACAGUUCAGGCCGCUGGGGCCUUGAUUGCCAUCAACGUCCUGGCACUGCUCGUCUAUGCGCCCUCCAUGGGGUACGCUGUCUUUCAAUCCCACUCCAUGCUCGAUUAAACAAACCGAGCUAAAUAAUCCCCAAACUAGUAUUCCAAUUCUCCGCCAAUAUCAUCAUGUGUGGAUGCGAUGGUAAUCACGGCGAUGUUCUUUUCUUUCGUUCAUUACUUGCCCCGUCGCAAUCGGAUAUUUGUGUACGUCGGCCUGCAUAAAAAUGGUUUUUAUUAACGUAAUGUUUUGAGUUGAUUCUGGGCAAAAA